AUACCCGAUAUCAAGUUUUGGUGGCCUGUUGGAUGCCAAGUUUUGGGCGGGAAACUGGUUUUAUCUUUCUCCUCUUCUUCUUCGAUUGAAACCUCUAUUUCCCAAAUUUUGCAGAAAUUUGUUUGCUGGCCAAGGAAGCUCUAAAGCAUGGAGGUGCAGAAUACAGAUACCGCGACGACCCCACUCUCGUGUCCCAGGACGGUGACCGUUCGCCGGAACCCUCGCCGCCGCGUUCGGGAUACGCCAUUGACGAACAUCCCGCUCUCACUUCCCAAGCCAACCCCAGAUCAUCGCGACAACAUUCCCUCUUUCCCCGUUCAAGAGAUUCUGUCGAUUGAAGUCGAAGAACAGCCGAAGAUUGAGCCAGCAAUUUCUGAAGAACGCCUUCCCGAGAAUCUCAAGGUCUAUUUGAGAAUCCGGCCCCGGCCGGCGGUUAUUCAGAACAAUGCCGGAAAAAGGGCGAAGGCUGGAGCUGGAACUUUACACGCGAAGAAUGUUUGGCCAAAAAACCCUAGAGAAAAGAUCACUUCGGAGAAGAAGUUAAAAUCGCCCAGAAAAGUUUGCUUAGUGGCUAACGAUUCACACUCAGUUACGCUCGUACCGCCAGCGAAAUUGCUAGACAGCAAGCGCAUGAAAUCAGAGGUUUAUGAAGGGUUCUCUCACGUAUUCUCCCCCGAGGCUUCUCAGAGGGAAGUAUAUGAGAAAAUGGUUAAUCCUCUGGUUGAUGAUCUUCUUCAUGGAAAGAGUGGGAUGCUGGCUGCUUUAGGCCCAAGUGGCUCUGGGAAAACCCACACAAUAUUUGGAUCUGGGAAGGACCCGGGUAUGGUCACACUUGCACUUCGACAGCUGUUCUCGGAAGAAAAUGACGGGAGGACUGUAUCAUCAAGGAUUUUCCACCUCUCAAUGUUUGAAAUUAGUUCGGAGAAAGGGAAGUCUGAAAAGAUUAUUGAUUUAUCACUGGAUGGUACUGAUUUAUGCACUCAACAUACAUCUAUUAGAGGCGUGCAAGAGGCCAAAGUUAGUGACAUACAGCAAGCUGAAUCCAUAAUAGGCCAUGGAUUGUUAAGGCGUGCAACAGCCAUGACCAAUUCCAACAGUCAGUCUAGUCGGUCUCAGUGCAUAAUAAACAUUCGCUGUGGUCACGAAAAGGGCGAUGGGGAAGUUGGUGAACAUUCAAAUGGCUCUACCUUGACAAUAGUCGACCUUGCUGGGGCGGAGAGGGAAAAAAAGACUGGAAAUCAGGGGGCUAGGUUGCUUGAAAGUAAUUUUAUCAACAACACUUCAAUGGUGUUUGGCCAGUGUUUGAGGUCUUUACUGGAACAUCAGAAGAACCCCAAAAAGCCAUUGCAUAAACAUUUCCAAAAUUCCCUGUUGACAAGAUACUUGAGAGAUUAUUUGGAGGGAAAGAAGCGGAUGGCGUUGCUUAUUACUGCUAGAUCUGAGGAAGAAGACUAUAUUGAUACUUCUUUUCUGCUAAGGCAGGCUUCACCAUACACAAAGAUAAAGUUUGACUGCAACGAAGAAGCAGUAAAUAUAAACUGCAAUAAAAGGCUUCGACAGACACUGCCCAUAUCAAACCAACACAAAAGAAUUAAGAUGGGUGAUAUCGAAUCUUGCAAGUCUGGUGGAAAAAAGAAGAAACAAGAUUUCUUACUUUCAAAAGAAGAACCUGCCAUCGGAGGCGUUGAGGAAAACAAGUUGGAAAAAGUCAAUGAGAGCUCUUCUCCUAUAGUGUGUCAAACUAAUACUAAAGCGAGAGAUAGAGAAUAUCAUGUCUUACUUGGGGUUUCUAAGGCAAUAUGGAAAGUCUUAAAGGACUAUAAGAAAAAGCUUGAGGUUGCUGAUAAUGAAAUAUACAGCCUUAGGGCGGAACUGAAUGAAUUAAAAGAUCGGCAUUCGUCUAAAAGUAUUGCUACAUCUAUGAUGUUUCCCCCUGAAGAUUGUCAAUCAGUUGAAACAUUGAAGGAUGAUUCAGAACUUUCUUCAUGUCAGCUACCAUCAUCCGAGCAGAGUGGAAAUGAGGAGAUAUGCCAUGAAAAUGAUUCUGAAAAUGAAGACUGCACUCUAAAACAUGAACUUAAGGAUGAUUCAAAAAGCCCACUGUCUUCUCAAAUCAUAUCAUCAGCAGACAUGCUCUUCUGUACUGAGGAUCAUUGUUCAGUUAACAUUGGCGAGGAUCAUCGUGUAAAGUCUCAUGAAGAUCCAAAGUUAGAAGAUGCUAUAGUGGAAGAUUCUUCUUUGGAAUGCGAAGCACGUGAAAUCAUUGUAAAUUCGUGCCACUGCGCUGAUCAGGACAAUGAAAACCACAAAGAAAGAACAGAUUCAAUACGUGUAGAACCAGAACCCACUUCCAACUCUCCCCUGUCAUCUCACAGCUUGAACCAGCCACAACAUGACAACGAAAAGAGGCACGAGCAUACCACAUCACCAAAACCUGAAGAUGUUGGGAAAUGGAAUGCAUUAGAAGCUGUACCGAAACACACUUGUGGUUUUCCCAAAAAUGCCGAGAAACCUAAAAGGAGACUCCAACCAGCUUCGGCCAUCCUACUAAAAGAUAUUGGCAGCAUAGUUGACUUUGUAGAUGAGACUGAGAAGGUGAAGGGUGCUAAAGGAGAAAAGAAGGCAGCAACCCAUGUGAAGAAGAUGAAUAUAAGUAAUGGCAGCUUAUCUCUUCUUCGUUUGCUAACUAACCGAACUCGUUAGCUCUAAAAUUGGGUAUUCUGUUUUGUCCUUCCAAGUUAAUACAAACCCACAUUGUAAAUCUGUAAUUCAUUGAGGGGAUUGGAUUCUAGAUACUAGCCAUCCCUAUACUCUUCUACUCACAACUCUUGUUAUAUUAUUAGAGCCGUUGGCACUGGUAUCCAGUAUCAAUAGAUGACACUCACUUAU